AGACGUCAACCCCAACCCGAGCCCUGGACGAACCUCCAAACCCUAACUCGCGAGCGGCAGUCGCAUCGGCAUCGGCAUCUUACCAUCCCUUUCACCCCCUCGGCGCCUGGAUCUCUUUGGGAUUCGGAUCCUCCUCUUUCAGGUCCCUCCGGCCAAUAAAGGGUUUUUUGGCAGCCAGCUGUCAUGGCUACUCGUAUUCAAUUUGAGAACUCUUGUGAAGUUGGGGUUUUCUCAAAGCUGACCAAUGCCUAUUGUUUGGUUGCGAUUGGAGGAUCAGAAAACUUCUACAGCAUGUUUGAAGCCGAGUUGGCUGAUGUUAUCCCUGUGGUGAAGACCUCUAUAGCAGGCACUAGAAUAAUUGGGCGACUUUGUGCUGGAAAUAAAAAUGGGCUUCUCUUGCCUCACACCACGACGGACCAAGAGCUCCAACAUCUGAGGAAUAGUCUACCUGAUCAAGUGGUUGUUCAAAGAAUAGAGGAAAGACUAUCUGCUUUAGGCAAUUGCAUAGCUUGCAACGAUCAUGUUGCUCUCACACACCCUGAUCUAGACAGGGAAACUGAAGAGCUCAUCGCCGAUGUACUUGGAGUAGAAGUAUUCAGGCAGACAAUUGCUGGGAAUAUACUGGUUGGCAGUUAUUGUGCAAUUUCGAACAGAGGGGGUCUGGUUCACCCGCAUACAUCCAUUGAAGACCUCGACGAGCUCUCCACUCUUCUCCAAGUCCCACUCGUUGCCGGAACAGUGAACCGAGGCAGUGAGGUAAUUGCUUCUGGUAUGACUGUGAACGACUGGACAGCCUUCUGUGGAUCCGACACCACUGCAACUGAGCUCUCUGUCAUUGAGAGCGUUUUCAAACUAAGAGAAGCCCGGCCAAGCUCUAUCGUUGAUGAGAUGAGGAAGUCACUCAUCGACAGUUAUGUUUAGGAUUCUGAGAUUAUAUUUCUUCCAAAGUAACUGCUUGUAUUUAUAUAACUAGAUGUGCGUUACCAAUGUGCUGACAUUCUCUCAACUACAGCUUUCAUUGAACUCUUUCACAUUAUUUUCUCACCUUGCUCGAUAA